GCUUAGGGGAUUUAAAUAUAUGUUCAAAUCCAUAACAUGAGCGCUAUGGAAGGUAAUAUAUCCUGAAAUUUUUAUCACAUUUCCUAGGGUAACAAAUACGUGAUUUUGUUGUUUGUUUUUAUAGCUGUAAAUUGUAGCGGAUGCAAAUUCCCGAUUCAAAAAGACGUGCAUUCGGCGCUGGGGCUGAAAUGGCAUCGGAAUUGCUUUAGGUUUGUGUAUUAGUUGUUUAAAUAAUGUUAUCUUGGGUUUUCCUGCUUUGUUAACCUAUUUAUUCAUUUUAUUUACCUGUAUAGGUGUUCGGAAUGUUUGAGUACCAUACCACUCCAUUAUAUGCCUCGCGAUAAUGUUCUGUAUUGCAAGAAGGAUUAUAUUCUAAAAUUUGGCGAACAUUGUCAACGAUGUGUUAAACAAAUCACUGGACCUGUUAUGGUAUGAACUAAAUGCGAACAUAGAUUAUAUUUUUGAGUAUCUGUCCCCAAAAUCAAGCCACAAUUUAGUUAGAUCUAAGAUCUAUCAUAUCAUAUCAUGUGGACUUGGCAAUUUUAAUUGUCAGGUAAGAAUCACGCUAUUUUAUAUGAUAUUUUAGAUAGUUUAUUAAUUUACAAGGUUUUUGAUAAUAAAGGGACUUUCUUCGGAGCCUAAUUAGAAUUUUUUAGAGUCUUCAAAGAAUGUUUCAGCUUCAUUUUGUAACAAAUUACACUCUGGAAUGUUGAUAUUUAUACAAGGAAAAAUUCAGAAUGGUUUAGUAUAGUUUUCUGCACGAAUGUUUAGAUAUUUUUGAAAGAAGUAAGUAUAUCUAGGCUAUAAAAUCUUCUAAGAUGUCGUUUAGUUUCAAAGGAUGUGAAUUAUUAUGCCUUUCAGACGUAAACAAACUUUCGUAAUAACUUGUUCACAUUAAAUAUUCUUGACAGCAGUUUACAGUAAUAUCAAGCCAAAAAGCAUGUUUAUGUAUAUUUUCAACACAAAAUGCAAAUUUUAUACCUUUGGAAUAAUUGAUUGCAAAAUCUCUGUUUUUAACUGCUUGUAAACAAGAAGUUCAGCUUUCAUUUGAGUCAUAUGAUAGUCAGAUAAUUUGCCUAUAAAUCCUGUCUCAGUCUAAUUCGAUACUUAUCUUAGUGUAAGGUUACUGUUUUGUCUCAGAUUUAUCGACAAACUGCCUUCAAUCUGCCGCAAAUGACAUAUUCUAAACUGAUUAAGACACUAAUGUCACUAAUAUGCAUAUUUUUAUGUCGUACUUUGAUUUCGCCAAGGAGAAACCUCUUGAGUUCAUGUGAUAUAAGUUUCAAAUUUAACCCUUUCGACACUCAAAAACAAAACACAGCCAUCCAUCCAUCAACAAGUAUUUGAAUUUAUUUUAAUCUUAGGUUGCUGGCGAACAAAAAUAUCAUACUGAAUGCUUUGUAUGUACAAAGUGUUUGAAGUUUAUUGGUUAUGGUGACGAAUAUAUGUUAGUUGAACGACAUAAUUUGUACUGGUAAGCUUCAAUUUUACUUUAUUUUGUACUUCAUUGGCGAGUUUCAUUAUGAAGCACUAAUGUCAACCUGCAGUUUAUUAAAUAUCAGAACGAGAAAACAAUGUUAAUUAUUUCCAUUAUAUUUUGUAGCCUUGUAUUUGAAGGCAAACGAAUGAAAUUGAGAGACGUAAUUUAAUUUUCUUGCUCCAAAGUUGACCAUCAUCUGUUGAAACUAUAAGCUUACGGAAACGCAUCAAUAUUGACAUCAGCAUUUGGCAAACGCGUUUAAUAUUUAGUUCUUUGAGAAUAUUACUUCAUCGUGAUCAAGCCUGAAUUUGCCUGUAUUAGGUCGAAGAGUCUCUUAGAGUUAUUUUUUUGAAAGAUUUCUUUGUGAUAUGUGUGGGGGACGAUUAAGAUUGUACACUGCUUCACUGUCGAGCUGUCUAGAACUUUGGUUGUUUUCGCUUAUUAUUCUCUUUUGUUAUAGCUUUGUGUAUUAACAGCAGGGUGUAUGGGCAAUAUAUACUAGUAUAGUUGAUCAGUUAAUGACCUCUAAAUUAUUUAGUGCAUAAGCUAUGCGGAUAUAGAACAAUCUUGAAGCAAUAUUUUCAAGGAAAUACAUGAAAUAUCAUUUGGAUUACGUAGCUGCGAGUUAUGCGUUGCUAUAGAUAUUCAAUUUGAGAACAGAUUUAUAUUCUAGUUUCCUGCAAAGCAGUGUGAUGCCUGAUAAAUAUAUACAAAGUAACAUAUUGGUCUGAUUUACUCACAACAUAUAUCCAUGGGCAGACAAUUUCUGUUUGUCUUCAAAAUACUUGUUUGGGGUUCAGCUUUGAGCUUUAUAUAUUUGCAUAAGGAAUUCAAUUAAUUAAUUUGUUAAUCAAUAAUGAAUACAUACAACUUAACUGGGACAAAAUGAAUUGUAUGGUUGAGUACCAUGAAUAUGAAUGAGUAAAAAAUUCUUGGGUGGUAUUUCGAGUUAGAGUAUUUAUAAGUGGUUUCACUAAGCACUAUACAGCAUGCUAAUUACUUUCAUUAUUAUACAUAGUAGUUUCAUAUUUUGUGGUAAAUAAAUAGAAUGUGUAGUUUAGAUUAUUUUGUCAUUCUGACAACUGCAGGAUGACCAUCAUCUCCUGCACGAUAGUGCUUAGUGAAACCUUGAAUAAUGCUUCCAAGCUCAGACAUUGGGAAAAUAAUGAUUUUUUUUCUAUAUUUAGCAAUGAUUGUUACAAACAUUCAAUCCUCCCAGCAAUAAGCACACCAGUGAGUAAACUGGGACGCUGUCAUACAAUCCAGCACAUCAAUCUGGCACCAACGCCAGUCGGUCGACGUAAAUUCUCUGUUCUUAUUGAGAAAGCAAACAACAUCAAUAAGCUGCUGCGUUCAGCGGCAAGUUUGGCUCAGAAUGGUGAGAGACGGAGCUUCAUCGCAAUUGAAAAGU